GGAGCUCAGGUGCGCGCCGCUGCGUCCACUUGGCGGAGAGCCUGGGAGACGCCUGUGGCAAAAGAGUAACUGUCAAAUGCAAGGUUCCUUUAAUAAGAGCGAUCAGUCCGGCUCCGAGAGUCAUGGCGACCACAGCAUCCAAUCAUUACAAUAUCCUCACCUCCAGUGCAUCCAUUGUGCACUCGGAGCCCGGGAGCAUGCAGCAGGCUACGGCGUACAGGGACGCGCAAACCCUGUUGCAGAGUGACUACACACUGCAGAGCAACAGUCACCCGCUCAGCCACGCGCACCAGUGGAUAACGGCAUUGUCACACGGAGAAGGGGCUCCUUGGUCGUCCAGUCCCCUUGGCGAACAGGACAUCAAACCAGCGGUACAAAGCGCCAGAGACGAGAUGCACAAUUCCAGCAAUUUGCAGCACCAGUCGCGACCACCCCACCUGGUGCACCAGCCGCAUGGUAAUCAUCACGAUGCAAGGGCAUGGCGAACAACAACGGCGGCUCACAUACCGAGCAUGGCAACAUCAAACGGACCGAGCCUCAUUUACUCACAGCCCGGAUUCAGUGUGAAUGGCCUGAUCCCAGGAAGCGGUCAGGGGAUACACCAUCACAGUUUGAGGGAUGCCCACGAAGACCAUCACAGCCCCCACCUCAGCGAUCACGGCCAUCAACCGUCUCAACACCAGCACCAGCAACACCAGAGUCACCACGAUCACUCGGACGAGGAUACACCGACCUCGGACGACUUGGAGCAGUUUGCUAAGCAGUUCAAACAGAGGAGAAUCAAGCUGGGUUUUACGCAAGCUGACGUCGGACUCGCUUUGGGAACGCUGUAUGGAAAUGUGUUUUCUCAGACCACAAUAUGCAGGUUUGAGGCCCUACAACUCAGCUUCAAAAACAUGUGUAAGCUAAAGCCUUUGUUGAACAAGUGGUUGGAGGAAGCUGAUUCCACUUCUGGCAGCCCAACUAGCUUGGACAAGAUCGCGGCUCAGGGGAGGAAGAGGAAAAAGCGGACCUCUAUCGAGGUAAGCGUCAAAGGGGCUUUGGAAAGCCAUUUCCUGAAGUGCCCAAAGCCAGCAGCGUCGGAAAUUACUUCACUAGCGGACAGUCUGCAACUGGAAAAAGAGGUUGUAAGGGUUUGGUUUUGUAACAGAAGACAGAAAGAGAAACGGAUGACUCCUCCCGGCGGACCGCUCCCGGGGACCGAGGAUGUGUACGGAGACACACCACCACGUCACGGGGUCCAGACACCAGUACAAUGA